AUGGGUACCUCAACCACAACACAAGAUUCCACAAUGUCAGAGUCCCCUCCCCCUCCGACCACAUUCAGAGAAGGCGGAUAUGGUUGGGUCUGCGUGGCUUGUACAUUCCUCAUGAAUGCCCAUACUUGGGGCAUCAACGCCGCAUACGGAGUCUUCCUCUCAUACUACCUCUCAAGCGAUAUCUUCCCCGGAACAUCAAGUCUCGAAUAUGCCUUCGUCGGCGGCCUGAGUAUCUCCUGCGCAAUGCUCAUCGCCCCACUAGCAACAUACCUCGACAAGCGCAUCUCAACCCGCUUCGUGCUUAAUCUCGGCGCCGUCCUUGAAACCCUAUCGUUCAUAGCCUCAUCCUUCGCAAAGAAGAGCUGGCAACUCUUUCUCGCACAGGGCGCAUGUUUCGGCUUCGGCAUGGGUCUAUGUUUCUGCGGAUCUGUGGGAAUCACAUCGCAUUGGUUCGAGAAGAAACGAAGCUUGGUCAACGGCAUUGGAUCCGCUGGAUCGGGAAUCGGUGGAUUGAUCUAUUCCCUCGCAGUCGGCAAAAUGAUUCCGGAACUCGGUCUACCCUGGUCAAUGCGUACGUUAGGAAUCAUUUGCUUCGUGGUGAAUAUACCCUGUGCAAAUCUGCUGCGGGUUCCAUCGCAAAAACGAUCAGCUACAAGCGUGAAAGCGCCGACAUUUCCCUUAUCGCUCUUUAAACGACUCGAUUUCGCCCUGCUGCUUGCUUGGGCUUUCCUCAGCGCGCUGGCUUACGUCACUUUACUAUUCAGUUUGUCCAGUUAUUGCGUUGCCAUUGGUUUAACCCAGCAGCAGGGCAGUCUUGCAAGCGCACUACUUAGUCUAGGCCAGGCAUUUGGACGUCCAGCAGUCGGUUUAUUGAGCGAUCAUUUCGGUCGGAUCUUUAUUUCAAUGAUAGCCUCGUUUCUUGCUGGACUGCUGUCACUGGUUAUCUGGAUUUUUGCCAGUUCCGCUGGACUGACGUACUUCUUUGCUAUCAUUGUUGGCUUGUUCGCUGGCACGUUGUGGGCAUCUGCUGCCCCCCCUUGCCGCGGAGAUUGUGGGAAUUCAACAUCUCGGGACUGCGCUGGGGGUUAUUUGCUGAGGAAUGAGGUGGGUUCUUCGAAACCGUAUCUUCGCGUUCAGCUGUUUGCGGGAUUUGUUUAUGUUGGUUCUGCGGCCUGCUUGGCGUGGUUACUGAUUGAGGUUAGGAGGAAGCGAAGGGUGGCUCGUCUUGAGACGGAUAAAUCUGAUCUCUAG